AUGCCAACAAGACCGCUCAGCGUUCAACCGAGGACAGUGCCACCGGCGCUCCCACUGCACCACGUGCGGGGGAGCCGCAGCUCCAGCCACGCGCCCUUGGCGGCUCCCGCUGCUGGUACGGGGGAGAAGACAUCAGCAGUGGGUGGUCAUCUACCAGACAUCGCUGCUGGCAGUGUUGCCACGUCAGCUGAGCCAGCCACCGUCAAGGAGGCGCUUGCCUCGCCAGACUCUGAGGAGUGGCGCCAAGCCAUCCUGGACGAGUUUGCGGCAAUGCAGGCCAAUGACGUCUACGACGUCGUGCCUCGCGCUGACCUUCCCAAGGGCCACAAGCUGCUCCGCAGCAUGGUCAUCUUUCGGAGGAAGCGUGACGACCAGGGCAAGGUGAUCAAGUACAAGGCGCGCUGGGUUGCCAAGGGCUACUCCCAGGUCCACGGUGUCAACUACACGGACACCUUUGCUCCGACGGCUACCAUCGCAGCCAUCCGCACCAUGCUCGCCAUGGCCGUCGCGCGUGGCAUGGACAUCCAGCAGAUGGACGUCAACACGGCGUUCCUCAACGCGCCCGUGGAUCACGAGAUCUACGUCCAGCCACCGGCCGUCGACGGCAUCUUCUCGCCGAAUACGGGCACCUUGUCCUACACCAUCAAGUACGCCGCCACUGGCGACACCAGCAGCGGCAGCACUGCCGACGGCGUACUCUCAGCGUACUCGGAUGCGUCCUUCGCCUCCGACGUUGACACGCGACGUUCCCGCACGGGCUUCGUCGUCUUCUGUUCCACGGGCCCCGUGUCCUGGAACUCCAAGCUGCAGGCCACCGUGGCCACAGCCUCCGCCGACGCGGACGCCGUCCUGUGCGAGCCCACGCUCGUCCACACGGACAACCAGCCGGCGCAGCGCGUUGCCGAAUACGCCGCCUCGCGCAUGCGGCACAUUCUCGUCAAGUACCACUACAUCCGCGAGUGCGUCGACACCAAGAGGAUUGUGCUGAGCUACCUCGCCACGGAGCACAUGAUCGCAGAUUUCCUCACGAAGAUCCUCCCUCGGCCCAAGACGACUCAGUUCUGCACGAUGCUGUUCGACCAGCGUCCUCUGCCAGGCUGCCAGCCACGGGCCCGUCCUCAUUCGGGCCGGUCGCCACGUCCUUCGACUCCGCGUCAGGACCUCUGA